AUGGCCACGCAAGAGAAGUCCAGUUGCAGCAAACAACGUGAGGAUUCCUGUCAUUUCCCUGAGAUUAUUGAACUCAAUGUAGGUGGUCAGGUGUAUAUCACUCGCUAUUCUACCUUGGUCAAUAUUCCUGGGUCCACACUCUGGGAAAUGUUCAGUGAAAAGAAUAAGUGCUCCCUGAUCCAGGACAACAAGGGCAGAUUCUUCGUUGAUCGGGAUGGCUUCCUCUUUCGCUAUGUGUUAGACUACAUGAGAGAUCAGCAAGUAGUGCUUCCUGAUCACUUCCCAGAGCGGGGUCGGCUCCAGAGAGAAGCAGAAUACUUCAAGUUACCAGAGCUUGUCAAGAUGUUGACUCCUAAAAUGAACACACUCAAUUCAGUCGACAACAGCCUAUGCCAAAGUGACGUAGAUGAGCUGUCUCCCAACAGUGACACUAUAUAUAAUCUCUCUUCGAGUAAUGUCAUCCGAGUAAGUGGUCCUGUUAACCCUCUAGCUCUGACAAUCGGAACUGGUUCUGAUCUCAAGAAAGCAGGCUUCAUCACUAUUGGCUACCGAGGCUCUUAUACUUUGGGUCGGGACAGUCAAACAGAUUCUAAAUUCCGCCGUGUGGCCCGAAUCAUGGUGUGCGGUAAGAUCUCAUUGGCUAAAGAAGUAUUUGGAGAUACUCUGAAUGAAAGCAGAGAUCCUGACCGUCCUCCUGAGCGAUACACUUCUCGCUAUUACCUCAAAUUCAACUUUCUGGAACAAGCCUUUGACAAGCUAGCUGAUGCUGGCUUCCAUAUGGUAGGAUGCAACUCCACUGGCACCUGUGCUGUGACCCACGAUCAGACAGAUGAUAAGAUCUGGACAUCUUAUACUGAAUAUGUUUUCUACCGUGACUGACUUUUAAAAGUCACCGGGAGAAUCCAAACCAAAAAGCCAACUCUGCCUCCACUUUCCGCAUUUACAUCUUCUUACAGAAACUGACACAUUAUGCUUAGACCUUGAAUUCUGUGUUUAAUCUUGGACGAUAUAACUACCUUUACCAUAAGUUAUAAAAUCCUCUUUGGUACCCUUCCUUCUUACACAUCAUCCCAUUUUAUAUGGCUUCUAGUCUUGUGUGGAU